AUGCUGGUGGUUCAGAUCUAUGUUGACGACAUCAUUUUUGGAGGAACAUCUAAACAACUUGUAGAUGGUUUCACUCGAGAUAUGACCAAAGAGUUUGAAAUGAGCAUGGUGGGGGAGUUGAAAUAUUUCCUCGGAUUACAAAUACAACAGAUAGAGGAAGGUGUUUUCAUCUCGCAAAGUACCUAUGCAAAGACACUACUGAAAAGGUUUCAACUGGAUCACUGCAAGGAGGCAAAAACUCCGAUGAGCUCUACCAACAAAAGUUGCAAAGAUGAGGAGGGUGAACCAGUGGACACGAAGCUGUACAGAGGAAUGAUCGGGAGCUUACUAUACCUUACGGCUAGUCGACCAGAUCUAAAUCUGAGCGUGGGGAUAUGUGCUAGGUAUCAAGCAACACCAAAGAAGUCUCAUCUGGAGGCAAAUAAGAGAAUCAUUCGAUAUGUCAAUGGCACGAAUAACCUUGGGAUAUACUACUCAAAGGGAUCGAAUGGAAAUCUUGAUGGAUACUGCGAUGCAGACUGGGCUGUAAGUGUAAACAACCGGAAGAGUACCAGUGGGGGAUGUUUCUUUCUCGAAAACAACCUGAUUGCAUGGUUGAGCAAGAAGCAGAACUCUGUAUCAUUGUCUACCGCAGAAGCAUAA